AUGGCACCCGUUUCAACUCCGCCCCUCUGCGCGUCUAGAGCGGUUCCCCCAUGCGGAGGAGGUCCUGGCUGUUCUGAAACCUCGCUUGCCUGCGGGGAGCAAGCGUGGCCUGGGCAGCAGAUCUCAACCUGUGAUUGUGACAUCAUCGCCCCUACCUGAAAUGCCGGCUUCUUGUGCGGAAGUUUUAUUUUUCACAAAUCUGCAAGGGGCAAGGAGCCUCUCACAGCCUGCUCAGGGUUACGUAGUUAGGUUUACCCUCUCGCAGCUCAGCUCAGCGCACACCUUUCCUUCCCUCAUCCCGUCCUUUCCCUCAUCCCUGCCUACGCCGCUUCUGACAUGCUUAGUGCAGCUUCUCCGUAAAGGUGGAGCUAAUGGCCCCUGGGCCUAGCAGUUGUUAGGCCUUUUGGGAGCCCAUGAUGGGAGCUCCCUGGUAAGUGAAACCGUCAAUUCUCUGCCUAAAAUGACAAUACCCCAUCUCUGGUAUCUUUGCACUUGCCUUUUCAAAGCCACCUUUUCGUUUUUCUGUCUCUGGACUGUCACAAAUCCUCCUCUGCACCCCAAGAACACCCCAUUGGAUUUCCGGGCUGGCUGAGUCUACACACCUGGGUCAGGCCUCUCGCAGGGAUGCUCCUGCCACUGUAAUGAAGAGAAGAAAACGUCACAGGGGAAAGGCCUGACUCCUUCAUACAGUCAGGAAACUCAGCCGCACAGAGAAGGGACCCUUCUAAGCCAUUUUGGGAGCCACAUCCACCACUUUUGUGACUCCCACACAGGGUGGCCAACAUGGAUGUCUUCACCUGCCAGAGUCAAAGAAAAGGUACUGGGAGAUCCAUAGGGAGGAAGGCGGAACAUCCGGAGGCUGGGAAAUGGGAGUGUUGACAUUCAGGGAUGUGGCCAUAGAAUUCUCCCCAGAAGAGUGGGAAUGCCUGGACUCUGCUCAGCAGCAUUUGUACAGGGAUGUGAUGUUGGAGAACUACGGAAACCUGUUCUCCUUGGGUCUUGCUGUCUUUAAGCCAGACUUGAUUACCUAUCUGGAGCAAAGAAAAGAGCCCUGGAAUGUGAAGAGACAGAAGACAGUAGCCAAACACCCAGGAGUCCAACCUUAUUAUAUUCUCCAUAGAGCUGGCUCUUUUCAUUUUACUGCAGAGAUAUUGCCGGAGCAUGACAUAAAUGAUUUAUUUCAAAAAGUGAUUCUGAGAAAAUCUGGAAGCUGUGACCUUAAUACUUUACGUUUAAAGAAAGACUACCAACGUGUGGGUAAUUGCAAGGGGCAGAAAAGCAGUUAUAAUGGCAUUCAUCAAUGUUUGUCAACUACCCAUAGCAAAACCUGUCAAUGUAAUAAAUGUGGCAAAGCUUUUGGGUUGUGCUCAGUCUUCACCAAACAUAAGAAAAUUUUUAGCAGAGAGAAAUGCUACAAAUGUAAAGAAUGUGGCAAAGACUGUAGGUUGUCAGAUUUUACCCUGCAGAAGAGAAUUCAUACUGCAGAUAGAUGCUACAAAUGUGAAGAGUUCGGCAAAGCCUGUAAAAAGUUCUCAAAUCUUACUGAACAUAAUAGAGUUUAUACUGGAAAGAAACCCUACAAAUGUGAAGAAUGUGGCAAAACGUUUACCUGUUCAUCAGCCCUUAUUAAACACAAGAGAAAUCAUACUGGAGACAGACCCUACAAAUGCGAAGAAUGUCACAAAGCCUUUAGGUGUUGCUCAGACCUUACUAAACAUAAGAGAAUUCAUACUGGAGAGAAACCCUACAAAUGUAAAGAAUGUCACAAAGCAUUUAGGUGUUGCUCAGACCUUACUAAACAUAAGAGAAUUCAUACUGGAGAGAAACCCUACAAAUGUAAUGAAUGUGGAAAAGCUUUUAUGUGGAUCUCGGCCCUUAGUCAACAUAACAGAAUUCAUACUGGAGAGAAACCCUACAUUUGUGAAGAAUGUGGCAAAGCCUUUACCUACUCCUCAACCCUUAUUAGCCACAAGAGAAUUCAUAUGGAAGUGAGACCUUACAAAUGUGAAGAAUGUGGCAAAACCUUUAAGUGGUUCUCAGACCUAACUAAUCAUAAGAGAAUUCACACUGGAGAGAAACCCUACAAAUGUGAAGAAUGUGGCAAAACCUUUACCUGCUCCUCAAACCUUAUUAAACACAAGAGAAUUCAUAUGGAAGUGAGACCUUACAAAUGUGAAGAAUGUGGCAAAACCUUUAAGUGGUUCCCAGACCUGACUAAUCAUAAGAGAAUUCACACUGGAGAGAAGCCCUACAAAUGUGAAGAAUGUGGCAAAACCUUUACCUGCUCCUCAAGCCUUAUUAAACACAAGAGAAGUCAUACUGGAGACAGACCUACAAGUGCGAAGAAUGUGGCAAAGCCUUUAAGUGCUUCUCAGAACUUACUAGUCAUAAGAGAAUUAACACUGGAGAGAAACCCUACAAAUGUGAAGAAUGUAACAAAGCCUUUAGGUGGUUCUCAGACCUUACUAAACAUAAGGUAAUUCAUACUGGAGAUAAACCUUACAAAUGUAAUGAAUGUGGAAAAGCUUUUACGUGGAUCUCGGCCCUUAGAAAACAUAAGAGAAUUCAUACUGGAGAGACACCCUACAUCUGUGAAGAAUGUGGCAAAGCCUUUACCCGCUCCUCAAUCCUUAUUAACCACAAGAGAAUUCAUAUGGAAGAGAGACCUUACAAAUGCGAAGAGUGCAGCAAAACCUUUACGUGGCUCUCAGACUUUACUAAUCAUAAGAGAAUUCACCCUGGUGAGAAAACCCUACAAAUGUGAAGAAUGUGGCAAAGUAUUGAGCUCAUUCUCACACCUCAUUAGACAUAAGAGAAUUCAUACUAGAGAGAAGCUCCGCAAGUGUUAAAAAUGUGGAAAAGCCUUUAACAAGUCGUCAUAUUGUGUUCAACAUCAGAGACUUACUACUGAACAAAUGUAGUAUAAAGAAUUUAUGUGAAAGAACAUGGUCAAUGGUUGCUGCACCAGAGUUAGGAGAAGUUCUUCCGUAUCAGAUAAAAAGAUUUAUAUACUUCCCCAUGGAAGAUUAAGAGAACUGAAAUCUACGCCGGGCGCGGUGGCUCACGCUUGUAAUCCCAGCACUUUGGGAGGCCGAGGCGGGUGGAUCACGAGGUCAGGAGAUCGAGACCACAGUGAAACCCCGUCUCUACUAAAAAUACAAAAAAUUAGCCGGGCGUGGUGGCGGGCGCCUGUAGUCCCAGCUACUCGGAGAGGCUGAGGCAGGAGAAUGGCGUGAACCCGGGAGGCGGAGCUUGCAGUGAGCCGAGACUGCGCCACUGCACUCCAGCCUGGGUGACAGAGCGAGACUCCGUCUCAAAAAAAAAAAAAAAAAAAAAAAGAUUAAGAGAACUGAAAUCUAAGAUACAUGAAGAAAUUCUAAGUGGAAAGGCCACUUAGUGGUUGAUUUACAACAGCAUUAUAAGUGACAGGGUGAUAGAAGUGUGGUAAGUGAUUAGGAUAAUAUUCUGCAUAGUAAGAGAAACAAUUUGAAUUUUAGAAGGAAAUUGCUUUACCAUUUGCAAACUAAGGUAAUUAAAAUACAGUGAAUUUCAAAAUGCCUUUUAAUGACAAUGUAUGAACUUAAUUUAUUUUAAUAAACCAAAAUUAUUGUUAUUGGGUUAAGGCUGUUUUACAUUGAAUGUGUAUCUUGCCACUGAUGUUGACUUAUCCCAUCUUACCCAAGGUUGUAGGUCAACAGAUGGUAACAAUAUACUAUUGUGUGACCGAGGAAUAACAUCUCUAGUGAUUUCUUUGUCAGUCAUCUUUAACUUAACAUAAUUUGGGGAAUAUGAUUCCUACAAAUUAACAUUUUUGUUUUUCUUGUAACUACAGGUUAUUAUGAUGUUUAUGAUGAAGAUUAUAUGAGUAUAAUGGAGCUAUAUGUUUCUGAAUUCUGAACAACUUUACAAAAUUUUAUCCUACUUUUUCUGUUGAAAAUAUGACUUCUCUGGUCCACUAAACACGUACAGACCUUUAGUUUUGAUUUACAUCAAUUUAAAUAUACAAAUGUAUCACUGUAAAAUAAACUUCAGGUGUAACAGA